AUGAUAAGCUUGUGCCAUCAAGUGUCCCUGAUCCUCUUCUUCUCUCUGUUGACUGGGACCAUCUUGCAAAGCCGAGCUGUAUCCCUAUCCGGGGAACUGCGCUGCCAGUGUGUUGAGUUGUUUUCAGGCAGGAUCCCCAUAAAACUCCUUGCCCGACUAAAUCUCUACCCUGCGGGACCUCACUGUGCCAACACCGAAGUCAUAGCCACCACCACAGAUGGGAAAGAGGUCUGUCUGGACCCUGAGGUACCUUGGGUCAAGGUGGCUAUCGAAAGGAUUCAUGAAAAGCAGCCAACGCGGAACCACUCCACCGGCUGCUGGACAAACAAGCCCCUUGGGAAUGGGGCAAGCGACAAGCCGCCGCGUUCCAGGCAGUGA